CAGUACCACAGUGUGCAGGUCCCCCCUCCUGCUUCACGCCUCACCGCCGCUGCCUCCCAUCCCACUAGUCCUACUCUUCACUCCCGCCUUCUAGAAGUAGAGGCUCCAUCCCCCACUCGGAAUGGCGCUCCUCUAGCAGUAGCACCGCAAAAGCUCCCCAAGAACACCCCACCGGCACCAAACAAUGGCGGCGUGCAACGGCCUGUUCGUGUACCACAUCCUCGGCCUGGCCUCCCUGGUGGCCGUCUUCUACUUCUCCCUCCUCGGCGAGGUGGACCUCCGCUUCCCCGGCCUCCUCCCGUCCUCCGGCGCGUCCCAGCACUCCCACGACGCGUCCCUGCCGUUCGUGGAGCGGCGCGGCGCGCAGCUCUUCCUGGAGGGCCGCCCGUUCUACAUCAACGGGUGGAACUCGUACUGGCUCAUGGACCAGGCGGUGGAGCCGGCCAGCCGCCACCGUGUGUCCGACAUGUUCCGCGCCGCCACCGGGAUGGGGCUCACGGUGUGCCGCACCUGGGCCUUCAACGACGGCGCCUACAACGCGCUCCAGCUCUCCCCGGGACACUUCGACGAGCGCGUCUUCAGGGCGCUGGACCUGGUGGUCGUGGAGGCCCGGCGGCACGGCGUGCGGCUCGUCCUCAGCCUGGCCAACAACCUGGAGGCGUACGGCGGGAAGACGCAGUACGUGCGGUGGGCGUGGGACGAAGGCGUCGGCCUCACCGCCUCCAACGACUCCUUCUUCUUCGACCCCGCCAUCCGUGACUACUUCAAAGUCUACCUCAAGGCAUUGUUGACGAGGACGAACCACUUGACGGGGGUGCAGUACAAGGACGACCCUACCAUCUUGGCGUGGGAGCUGAUGAACGAGCCCAGAUGCAUCUCCGAUCCGUCUGGUAACACUCUGCAGCGCUGGAUCGAGGAGAUGGCGGGGUACGUGAAAUCGAUCGACCGUCGGCAUCUGCUGACCGUCGGCACGGAGGGGUUCUACGGCCCCACGAGCCCUCCGGAGAAGCUGAGCGUGAAUCCGGGGCACUGGUUCAACAACUACGGCCUCGACUUCAUCCGCAACUCCAAGAUCUCCGACAUCGACUUCGCCUCCGUCCACCUUUACCCGGACACCUGGCUGCUGCACGCGGAUCUGGAAGAGAAGCUCAAGUUCGUGACGCAGUGGGUGAGCUCCCACUUCGAGGACGGCGACACGGAGCUCGGCGGCAAGCCCGUGGUGCUGACGGAGUUCGGGCUGUCGCAUUUGGUCAAGGGCUUCGAGCAGUCGCAGCGCGACGCCUUCUACAAGUCGGUGUACGACAUCGUCCACGCGUCGGCCAAGAGGGGCGGCGCCGGCGCCGGCGCGAUAGUGUGGCAGCUCGCCGCCGAGGACAUGGAGGAGUACCACGACGGCUUCGCCAUCGUGCCCAGCGAGACGCCGUCGAUGCAGAAGCUGCUGACGGAGCAGUCGUGCCGGCUGGCCGCGCUGAGGCACGGGGAGGAGGAGGCCAAGAGGAUCCUCAAGGCGGUGUGCGGCUGACCCGUGAUCUGUCUUGCGAGGUGUGGCUUUUUUGCGUGCUCAUGUCAUGUACUGUUACUGUGUGUCCGUAGGAAAUCGACACGAAAUGGACCGAAGGGAUCCAUGAAAGGUGGCGUGCUCGGCGCCGACGUCGGCAGAUCUGCCUCUGUAUUUUCCUUGCUGUGUUGUUGUACUCGUACGUGCCCUUGACCUUUGGUGUUUAAGUCAUUGUCGAGUGGCAGCGGAGGCUAGUUAUAUUCUAUAGUCCUCGAAUAGUGUUUUGUCUGCACAAGAGAUAUUUAUAUGUACGCCUGUGUACGCAUAAGAAAAAUGCAGGCAUGUUCCGCAUGGAAAUGGAGCACCGACGAAUCCUUGCUCA